AUGAAUUUCACUGGCUUCUUUGAUAACAACGCCGGUGGUGCAAGAAUCGUCGCCGAUAUGCCUUAUAGUAACAGCAGCGCUAAAAUUAGCUAUAUAGACAGCAACAUGCCCACUGGCACAAUUACUCACCCACGCCUUAUUUCUCAGUCUCUCUCCUCCAAGCCCACGUUCAACUCUCCUGGCCUUUCUCUUCUAACGAAUAUGGAGGGGCAAGGAGAGGUGGCAAGAAUGCGGGACAACUACGAGUCAAGUAAUAUUGGUGGAAGAAGAAGCAGAGAGGAAGAGCACGAGAGCAGAUCUGGGAGUGACAACAUGGAGGGUGCCUCAGGAGAUGAUCAAGAUGCUGCCGUCAAGCCGCCGAGGAAGAAGAGAUACCACCGACACACCCCUCAUCAAAUUCAAGAACUUGAAGCUCUCUUCAAGGAGUGUCCCCAUCCCGAUGAAAAGCAAAGACUGGAGCUCAGCAAAAGGCUUAGCUUGGAUACUAGACAAGUCAAGUUUUGGUUUCAGAAUAGAAGAACUCAGAUGAAGACACAAUUGGAACGCCAUGAGAAUUUGAUACUUAGGCAAGAAAAUGACCAGCUUCGGGCUGAAAAUAUGUCGAUUAGAGAGGCAACGAGGAAUCCCAUUUGUACAAACUGUGGUAGCCCUGCUAUAAUUGGCGAAAUAUCUCUGGAGGAACAGCACCUUAGAAUUGAGAAUGGUAGGCUAAAGGAUGAAUUAGAUCGCGUUUGCGUGCUUGCAGGCAAGGUUUUAGGCUGCCCUAUUUCAUCUGCUGUGAAUUCCAUGGGGCAACCAUUGCCAAACUCGAGUUUGGAACUUGGAGUUGGUAACAGUGGAUUUGGAGGCAUAGCGACCAUUCCAGAAACUUUACCUUUGGGGCCUCCUGAUUUUGGGGUUGGGAUAUCGAGUCCUUUGCCUGUAGUGCCUCCAACUAAGGCAACAAUGAAUGUAAUUCCAAUUGAGAGAUCUAUGUAUUCGGAGCUUGCUUUGGCUGCAAUGGAUGAAUUGGUAAAAAUGGCACAAAACGAUGAACCCCUUUGGCUCGGGAGCUUGGAAGGUGGAAGAGAAAUUUUGAACCACGUGGAAUACGCUAGAAUAUUUACUCCUGUUAUUGGAAUGAAACCCAAAGGUUUCGUAACUGAGGCCUCUCGAGCAACUGGUAUGGUAAUCAUCAACAGUUUGGCUCUUGUUGAGACAUUGAUGGUCUCGAAUAAAUGGGCGGAAAUGUUUCCAUGUAUGAUUGCUAGAACCUCGACUACAGACGUGAUUUCAAAUGGUAUAGGAGGAACAAGAAAUGGUGCACUUCAACUGAUGCAUGCCGAACUCCAAGUUUUAUCACCAAUGGUUCCGGUUCGUGAGGUAAAUUUCCUCCGAUUCUGCAAGCAGCAUGCCGAGGACGUAUGGGCCGUAGUCGACGUGUCUAUUGAUACUAUCGGGGAAACUUCCACAUUGCCAAACUGCAGGAAGCUUCCCUCCGGAUGUGUAGUGCUAGAUAUGCCUAAUGGCUAUUCCAAGGUCACAUGGGUAGAACAUGCUGAAUAUGAUGAGAGUGUAAUUCAUCGUCUCUACCGGCCUUUGAUCAAUGCUGGCAUGGGAUUUGGUGCCCAAAGGUGGAUAGCUACCCUCCAACGACAAUGUGAAUGUCUUGCCAUUCUCAUGUCGUCUGCUGUACCCACAAGGAAUCCUGACGCCGUAACUGCAAGUGGGCGAAGAAGCAUGCUGAAGCUAGCCCAGCGUAUGACCAACAGCUUUUGCGCCGGUGUAUGUGUUUCCACCGCUAACAAAUGGAACAAACUUUGUAUUGACAAUUCGGACCAAGAUAUCCGAAUCAUGACUCGAAAGAGUGUGGAUGACCCGGGAGAGCCCCCGGGCAUUGUUCUGAGUGCUGCAACAUCUGUCUGGCUACCAGUAUCCCCUCAGAGACUCUUUGAUUUCCUUCACGAUGAACACCUUAGGAGCGAGUGGGACAUCCUAUCCAAUGGUGUCCCCAUGCAAGAAAUGGCCCGCAUUGCUAAAGGCCAAAAUCAUGGCAACUGCGUUUCCCUCCUAAGAGCAAGCGCUACUAAUGAGAACCAGAACAGCAUGCUUAUACUCCAGGAGACAUGCAUAGACGAGACAGGGUCGCUUGCAGUGUAUGCGCCCGUUGACAUUCCAGCCAUGCACGUGGUGAUGAACGGUGGAGAUUCUACUUAUGUUGCCUUGCUUCCUUCAGGGUUUGCAAUUGUACCUGAUGGGUUUCGUGGGCCCACUAGAAGCGGGGAUCCAAACCAGGGAGUCGGUGGAUCAUUAUUGACAGUAGCCUUCCAAAUAUUGGUUAACAGCCUCCCUACGGCCAAGCUCACGGUGGAAUCGGUCGAUACCGUCAAUAAUCUCAUCUCUUGCACCGUGCUGAAAAUCAAGAACGCUCUUAACUGUGAAAGUUGA